AAUCUUCCUCAGUGGCCAUUGGAAGGAGUUGCCUGGAGCCAGGUCGGAGUUUUAUGCUAUAACGACCUCUUUGAGGCGAGUGGAGGGAGAGUCCCUCCAUGCCAGGGCCGCGAGGCCCAAGAGUUCGGCCUGCUCCUUCCGCUGCCACCCCUUCUAACGUCGCCGCCCUGGUGCUCUUCUGGGUUCUUUUGCUGCUCUGCGUCCCUCUGAGGGAGGCGGCGGCGUUUUCGGAGGGUGAUGGCCGGCCCGGAUUAGGACUUGGUGGCGCUGCAGCCGCGGCGCUUCCUGUCGUAAGUGAUGUGAUUGUGGAAGACGAUGAAGCCAGUGGCGUGGCCCAGGCCGCAUCCUCCGGGGAACAGGAGGAAGAAGCAGUGGAAGCCCCCACCCGAAGCGGUAGUUUCAGAUCAUUAAUAAUUAUAAGUACUUUGGAUGGACGGAUUGCUGCUUUAGAUCCAGAAAACAGUGGUAGAAAACAGUGGGAUCUGGACGUGGGAUCAGGUUCUCUUGUUUCAUCUAGUCUUAGUAAACCGGAGGUGUUUGGGAAUAAAAUGAUAAUUCCCUCCUUGGAUGGAGAUCUUUUCCAGUGGGAUCGUGAUAGAGAGAACAUUGAAGCUGUUCCAUUCACUGUUGAGUCACUUCUUGAAUCAUCCUACAGAUUUGGGGAUGAUGUCGUUCUAGUUGGAGGAAAGUCCCGAACAACAUAUGGACUGAGUUCAUAUUCAGGAAAGGUAAAAUAUAUAUGUUCAGCAAUGGGCUGUCGUCGCUGGGAUGAUGAUGAGCUAGAACAGGAAGAUAUUCUUCUCCUCCAUAGAACUCAGAAAACUGUUCGUGCUGUUGGGCCCCGCAGCGGCAAUGAAAAGUGGAAUUUUAGCGUUGGUCAUUUUGAACUACGUUAUCUCCCGGAGACUGAAACAAGGGUAGGAUUUCUUGAAGGGAAUAUGAAAUCAAAUAUUAACAAAGAAGAUUCUAAAAUUAUUUCGGAAGUAGAAGAACAGGAAGCUACAAUGAAGGAUACAGUGAUAAAGGUUUCAGUAGCUGACUGGAAGGUUAUGGCAUUUAAUAAGAAGGAAGGACAUCUGGAAUGGGAAUAUCAGUUUUGCACUCCAGUUGCUUCUGCUUGGUUGGUGAAAGAUGGCAAAGUAAUUCCAAUCAGUCUCUUUGAUGACACAAGCUAUACCUCUAAUAAUAAUAUCUUAGAGGAUGAAGAAGAUCUUGUGGAAGCUGCUCGAGGAGCUACUGAAUCCAGUGUUUAUUUAGGAAUGUAUAGAGGUCAGCUGUAUCUUCAGUCAUCCGUUAGAAUUUCUGAAAAAUUCCCUACUAACCCUAAAGCUUUGGAAUCCAGAAAUGAUAAUGCCGUUAUGCAUUUGCCUAUGAUCAAAUGGAAGCCUUUGAUUCAUUCUCCAUCAAGAACACCUGUGCUGGUAGGCUCUGAUGAAUUUGAUAAAUGUCUCAGCAAUGACAAGUUUUCUCAUGAAGAAUACAGUAAUGGUGCUCUGUCAGUUCUGCAGUAUCCAUAUGAUAAUGGCUAUUUUUUACCAUACUACACACGAGAGAGACAUAGACGAAGCACACAGAUAACUGUUAGAUUUUCUGACGAUAUGAAUUCAAAGAGUAACCGAAAGAAAGAUCCAGUUCUACUUCUGCACUGGUGGAAAGAAAUUGCUAGUACCAUUUUAUUCUGUAUUAUGGCCACAACUUUCAUUGUGCGCAGGCUUUUCCAUCCUGAUGCUCAUAACCGGCAGCGGAAGGAGUCUGAAACUCAGUGUCAGACAGAUAAUAAAAAUGAACAAACAAAAGACAACAGCAGAGAUGACCUUAAGAAUUCUGGAUAUGUAUCAAGGUAUCUGACAGAUUUUGAACCAGUUCAGUGUCUUGGUCGUGGAGGUUUUGGAGUAGUAUUUGAAGCCAGAAACAAAGUUGACGAUUGUAACUAUGCUAUUAAAAGAAUUCGUCUUCCAAAUAGGGAGCUGGCACGUGAAAAGGUUAUGCGUGAAGUUAAAGCAUUAGCAAAACUUGAACAUCCUUCCAUUGUUCGAUAUUUUAAUGCUUGGUUAGAAACACCACCUGAGAGCUGGCAAGAAAGAAUGGAUAAGCUGUGGUUGAAAGAUGAGAGUAUUGAUUGGCCACUCAGUUCUCCCAGUGCAAUGGAGGUACCAUCGUUUAAAAUUAAAACAGUGCCAUUUUCUACUGAAGAAAACAUUGAAGUCAUUGCUACAUCCGUAGAAAAGAAGACACUGCUUUCCGUAGGAAUACAUUGUGAUCAAUCAGAUUCAUCAGAGAAUAAGUUUUCUCCUUUGGAGUUUUCUGCCAUCGAGAACAGAGAUUUGAGCCAAUUGGCAAGUGCACAAGAUAAUUUCAUUCAUAGCUGUGAUAUGGAAGGCAGUUCUGUUGAUGAUAAUGAUCCUGUUCAUUCCUUUGAAGUUUAUCUUCCUGCUAAAUCGGUAGUAAGGUUGAGGGACCGAACGUCAUCUUCUAUUAUCUUUGAAGACUCUGAUUGUGACAAUUCUUCCAAUAAAGGGGGUAAUAUUACCAGUUUGCUUCAUGAUAACCAUAUUGAAGAUAAAGCGACAAGCACAAGAGAGUCAAAUAAUAGAAAGUCAUCUUCAACAAGCUCUUUAUCUAUUUCUCCACCAAGACCAACAACUUUAAGUUUGGACUGCUCUAACAACUCUGUUCAAAAACUUUUACCUACCACUCCAAAAGUGUAUCUUUAUAUCCAGAUGCAACUUUGUAGGAAAGAAAACCUUAAAGAUUGGAUGAACCGAAGAUGCACAAUAGAGGAGAGAGACAGGACCGAGUGCCUUGUGAUAUUCCUGCAAAUAGCUGAAGCUGUUCAGUUCCUGCACAGUAAAGGAUUAAUGCAUCGGGAUCUCAAGCCUUCCAACAUUUUUUUUACAAUGGAUAAUAUAGUAAAAGUUGGAGAUUUUGGCCUAGUAACUGCAAUGGACCAUGAUGAGGAGGAAGAAUCUGUUUUAACACCAAUUCCAGCUUAUGACAGACACACAGGGCAAGUUGGGACCAAACUCUAUAUGAGCCCAGAACAGAUUUAUGGAAAUGCUUAUUCACACAAAGUCGAUAUAUUUUCCUUAGGAUUGAUCUUGUUUGAGCUUCUUUACCCUUUCAGCACUCAGAUGGAGAGAGUCAGGAUUUUAAGUGAAGUAAGAAACUUGACUUUCCCACCACUGUUCAUUAAGGAAUAUGCACAGGAGCAUAAGAUGGUAAAGCACAUGCUCUUGCCAAGUCCCACGGAAAGACCAGAGGCUGCAGAAAUUAUUGAAAAUCCUCUCUUUGAAGAUUUGGAAUUCCUUGUAAAACCAGUGCUUAGGCAACGAUCCCGGACAAUGAGCUCAUCUGGAGUCAAGCAUUCAAGAUAGCUGAGUAAAUAAUUUGACACAAUUACAGGAACCUUGCAAAAUAGUGUAAAUGACCAUUUAAAACAUUCCUGCAAUAUUCAUUUUCUAAGCUUCAUUUUUUGUUAUCUGAUUCAUGCACAACACUAUUACCAAAUGAAACUAAGAACUGAAUGCUUUCAGUCUUUUGCAAGUGAAUGAUUUUCACUUCAAAACCUGGCCUGAUUUAAUUACAGUCCAUUAUUUUGCAUUUGAAUCUUGUACAAAUGAUGCUUAUGUAAAUAAAACUAAAUUCUGUAUUUUUAUAGAAACAAUGCCUUCUAAUACCAAUAUAAAAGCCUUGGUUCCUUUAUAUUAAAAAAAAUGAAGAUGAUCCAAAAGGACGCUAGAAGAGUAAAUUCUAUUUCAUUCCUGGUAACAUACAAAGUGAAAAUUGUUUUACUGUCAGUUGCCAGGUUUAGAGCAAUAGUGUGAUAGGCUUCUUUUCAAAGAAAUUAAGAAGAAAAUGUUUAGAUUGAAUGAAAAAUAUGUUGAGUAAACAAAACAAAAUGCUGUGUUGGGUAGUUUUGAAUUGUGCCAGAACCAAAUGAGGCAUUUUUUUUCUUUUUGUAAUUUCAGGAAUAUAUGCCUAAUAUAAUAUUGAUAUAAAAAUUUUGUAGUAAUCAAGUCUUACACAUUUCUCAGCUAAAAUGUUAUUGUUUAAUAAUGCCUUUUUCAAUGUAAAUAUGUUAAUUUUUAUUUAUAAAAUUAGAAGAACAAUCCCUUUGGGUUGGUAGUGUACAGCAUGCACUUAAAGUAAUUAUUAAGUGCAUUAAACUACUGUGACUUUUUUCAAGUCUGAUUUAAUAAAAUCUUUUUCAUUUAGCUGUAACUGUGUUGUCUUUCAAGAUUGAAUAAACAUAGCUUAAUUUGAUCAUUUCAUCCCCAUUUGUAUAUGGUAGCUUUCCAGCAUCCUGCUAGCUUUCCUACCUCUUUCCCUUGCUGCAUACUUGCUUCUUCUACCCUGUCUUCCCAGACAUGUAGGAAUCUCUCAGCUCCCUACUUCAUUUAUCACCUUCACCUGCAUCCCCACUGGGGCUCCCCUUCAGAUCCAGAUGAGAAACUCCAGGACAAAAAAGUGCUUGUUUAAAAUAAAUUUAAAAAACACGCAAUAAAUAAAUAAUACAUGUACACAUAUAUUUGCAACUGUCUUUUCCAGGCUUACAGAAGCUAUCCAGUGAACUAUUUUUAACAAGUCAUGUAAGAAAUGGAUGAGUACUUGUUUCUCUUUUAAAUUCAAUCAUGUUUUGCAUAUCUUUACAUUUGAAGGAAAUAUUUCUACCAAGUUGAAAGAAAAGUUAUCAAAUAUUUAUUUCUAUAUGAGUUUGCUUAAAAUGCAAAUCAGUAGUUUAUUGAAAAACAAGUUAUACUGUAUGCACAUUCGGUGCCAGAGUGUCUUCCUGACUUCUCAUAAUCAGAUGGCUCCCACCAAAUCAUCACUGAUGUGAAAAAGAAAGUAGAUCAAGGGAAAAUAAAAAAGCUUUAAAUGUAUAUAUUGGUAUAUAUUGCUUGCCUUUGUAUGUUUGUUACCUAUUUGCAUAUUUUUGUUUUAAAAAGAAAGUUGUAUUUACAUUCUCUUUUUUCAAGAUUAUUCUCUGCAAAUUAUUAUGGAGGUACUCAAAGGUUUGGGAUGUAACUCUUAAGUCCUUCCUAUUUUGCCCCUUUACCCCAAAAUGCCAGCACAUACUGUUCAAACUUAAGAAAGUAACAUUCUGAACAAGAGUGUAAAAGAGAGAGGAUGUCUGAAAUAGGCAUACUCUCUGGGCUGCAAAAAUUCAGAAAAUGACAAAAUGGUAGCAAAGAAGUUUCUGUAGGUUUCUGCUGCCGAAUUUUUAUUUUGUCAGAACCACAGUAUGCCUUGUCUGUAGAACAAUAUACUUGAAUAUUUGAGGGAAAUUUCCCCAUAGAGAUGCAAUCAGAAAUGGAGAAAAAGCAGGCAGCAUUAUAAAUAAAAUACAACAUGACUGGAAUAGAAGAAAUUUUAAAUGUCAAGACCAUUUUAGUUCUUAAUAGUUAUUAAUUUAAACCAGGAAGUAUUUCUUAUGGGCAACUUAAGAUGAAGGGGUCAAGCCAGAGAUUCCUUUUAAAUAUCUAAGUGAACAUGGAAAAUUAUUCCUGCCCAUAAACAGCUUUAUCUUCACUUCAGACGUUCCUAUAUUCUCAAAGCUAAUAAUAGUAUAAAAUUAAGGUAUUAAAAUAAAGCUCAGUUAUGGAUGUAUAAAAGCCAUAACUUUUCACAAUCAUAACUUUGAAAAAAUGAUAUAUCUAGAGAGAACCAAUUGAAGUUAUUCCAUUAAUAAUAAAUUCCAGUUAAAUUUAAUAUAAGAAGGAAGAGUUGUUAACCAUUUAUGUGGAUUUUGUGUGGAAGUUAGACCCUCCCAUAAAAUGAGCCAACUAGAAUACAUAUCCAACCUCAGCAUCUUGAGACGGCUAUUGCAGAUUUUAUACUGGUAUUUGAACCUUAGCCACUUUAGGACAUGUGGACUAGAAUUUCUGGAAUUUUAGGACAUGUGGACUAGAAUUUCUGGAAUUUGAAGUCCACAUGUUUUAAAAGUUGAGAAACAAUGCUUUAUACCAUUAAUGGCUCUUUCCUCAAAACCAAGCUUGUUUUUGAUCCCUGUUUUGAGGGAUGCUUCCCUGUGCUUUGAAAAAUCAAAAUGACAACACUGUGGUCUCUGUCACUGAGGCAUAUACUGCCAAGUAAUUCAGUAUGGUAUGGGAGCAUUAAUUUAAGAGCUCAAAGACAAUGUGAUCUGGUGUUGAUCGUAAAGAUUCAUUUAAAUGAUCACUGGCCUGCCAAUAUACUAAGAUACACUAGUAUCUGUCAUCGUCAUUCAUCUGUACACAUAAAUUGUUUCCAAAUAUUUAAUAUUUGAAAGCAUAUUAUCCCUGACUUAGAUAAAAUACAGCCAUUAUACCUUAAAGCCAUUGAUAACAUUAACCUUCUUCUGAAAUUCAUUCAAAUGACAGGGCAAAACUACUUCAAGCAGCUGUUGAAUAUAAGUGUAGCUUUGUGCUGGGUUGAGAAGCUUUUCCUUUAAUCUCUUAAACCAGUUGUUUUGUUUUGUUUUAUUGGGUGAUCUGGGGUCUGAAUAUUAGGACAAAUCAUCUUUCCCCACGCUUUAUAUAAUUUUGUGCAUGUCUUUAUUUAUUUUUUUCCCAAGCAAGAAGUUCCAAUGUUUUGACAUUUGCCAUCUUCCUAACUUUAUAAUAUUCUUGUUUAAGGUACAAAUAUCAGAAUUGUAUACCAGCAAUUUUGUAAAUGUAUUUGAAACAAAAAAAUGAAUAAAAAUUACAAUUUUGUUAUUA